AGCCCUUUUGCACUAUCGAAAUGCAAAUGAAAAAACUGCAGUAGUGUGAUUCACACGGAUUUACACGUGCUUACCAAGUAAUACAAAGAAAGUUCAAGUAAAUUCCAAAUAGCUGCCACUAGUUCAAGUGGAACCCUAACAAUAUGAAUCCGGGAUCGUCCAGGCGAGGAGCCUCCGACUGUGAUGCGUCGCUUUCGCAGCAGAUGAAGCAGAACAUUCGCAAGAUGAACGACCUGGUUAGGGAGCUGCAGGAGGAGAAGCACAAGGUUUCCGGCCUGCAGCAAGAGAAUUCCGGGCGAAAGCGGCAGCUGGAGGAAAGCAACGCCACUCUGGAGAAGCGAGUGCGCGAGCUGGAGCAUCUAAAUGCGCAGUUGGAGCAGUUUAACAGCGAGCGCGAGGGCAUAUUGCUGCAACUGCAGGAGGAGAUGUCGAACUACGCGACCAUCCAGGAGAAGUUCCGCGAGCAGGAGCAGUCCAUGCAAAUGAUUGUGCGCGAACUGGAGGAUGAGCGCUUGGAGCUACUCGAUGAACUGGCCGUUAAGGACAUCAUGAGCGCGGACAGCAUCAACGACCUGAGCGAGGAGGUGAACGAACUCAAUGAGCAGCUGAACGGGAGGUCCGAUGACAUUACCUGCUCUAUUUGCAUUUCGCCCUUGGAGUCGGAGGGCGGGCACCGUGUGGUGUCGUUGCGUUGCGGCCACCUCUUCGGCCAAAAUUGCAUUCGCACGGCCCUUCGCCGCUCACGUCAAUGCCCCAUCUGCUUGAAGCGAGCCCAUCCCGCCGAUGUUCGCAAAAUCUAUGGUCACGGCAUUUUGCCAUCUUAAUGGCAUCGACAAAAUUACGUUUUCAAAACCAAUUUUUUUGAUUAGGAUUUUACCCUGCCUAUGAGCUCAUAAUGUUCAAAUUAAUUUUUUUCUCAGAAUGACCUGACAUUGUCAAACAGUUUUUAAAGUAAGCUUCCAUAAAAGAAUUAACAAACAUGAACCUUGUAUGAACUGAAAACAUGUUCAAUCAAACAUUAUUUGAUUCAUUUGUAGAACAGCAAUGUUAUCCUGAUAAGAACAGAGAUAAAUUUUGAAAAGAAAACAUGUUUUGAGUAUAAACUAUAUAUACUAUUGAUACCAAAAAUAUUAAUUUUGCAGGA